AUGGAGAAUCAAACGGCUGAUUACCAUGGGGACGAUUACCAAUGGAACCAUACGGCAUCGGCGGGCGAAGGAGACGCGAAGACGGAAUAUUAUCUGCCUGAUUGGACCGACCUUGUUCUAGCAGGGUUAUUCACGAUGCUGAUUAUCGUUACUAUAGUUGGCAAUACACUAGUGAUUGCGGCUGUAAUUACCACCAGGCGAUUACGGUCGGUGACUAAUUGUUUCGUCUCUAGCCUAGCAGCGGCGGAUUUACUCGUCGGCCUAGCGGUGAUGCCACCGGCGGUGUUGUUACAGCUUACAGGAGGGACUUGGGAGUUGGGCGAGAUACUGUGCGAUUCUUGGGUCUCCCUCGACAUUCUACUCUGCACGGCCAGUAUUCUCUCGUUAUGCGCCAUAUCUAUAGACAGGUAUCUGGCGGUGACUCAGCCGCUGAUAUACAGCCGCCGUCGCAGGAGUAAAAGACUGGCCGGGCUGAUGAUCGUCGCGGUGUGGAUCAUGGCCGGGGCCAUAACGAGCCCGCCUUUGCUCGGCUGUUUUCCGCGCGCGACCAACCGCGAUAUCAAAAAGUGCACCUACAACAUGGACUCCUCGUACGUGAUAUUCUCGGCGAUGGGCAGCUUCUUCCUGCCGAUGCUGGUGAUGCUGUACGUGUACGGGAGGAUUUCGUGCGUCAUCGCGAGCAGACACAGAAAUCUGGAGACCAACGAAGCGGAGAACGUCCGGACGCGCCGCAAAGUCACGAUCGAACGUAACAAGAGCGUUCGAACGCAACGGACGGAUUGCGUCGAGAGCAGCGUGACGUGCGACAAACCGUCCGAGGAAACCGAGCCGACGAGCAUGUGCAGAAAGUUGGGUACAAUUCGCGGUAAUCAGCAGAGCUGCAUCAACAGGGUCGCCAAGGAGACGAAAACUGCGGGUACCUUGGCGGUGGUCGUCGGCGGUUUCGUCGCGUGUUGGUUGCCGUUUUUCAUUCUGUAUCUGGCGACACCGUUCGUACCCGUGGAGCCCCCGGAUAUCCUCAUGCCCGCUUUGACCUGGCUAGGAUGGAUUAAUUCAGCCAUCAAUCCGUUUAUCUACGCCUUCUAUUCGGCGGACUUCCGACUCGCUUUCUGGCGACUAACGUGUCGGAAAUGUUUCAAGAGUAGGCCGAAUUUGGAUGGCACGAAUCGGAAAUUACCGACUCCGGUUAACUGGAAGAAAGACACUUCGAGGACGUGAAGAUCCCCGCGCAUGAGUUCCGAACUUGCUUAAUUGUGUGGCGGCCGAAAUUAGAAGAGCGACGGCCGACUGCGGUCGAACUUUAUGUUUACUCGCAACCGCGGUGCAUUGUCGAAGAAUGACACGCGCGAGAACUAUGCGCGUCUGUUCCGCUGGUAACCAGUCGAUCGAUUAUCAUUACGUCGUUUUAUACGAUACGUAAAGAUUUCACUACGCACAAUACGUUGGGAUACGUGUAGCUCUACUGGAGGGAAUCGCAUGAAUAAUUAUUCUCUUGGAGCGCAACGAACCACCCGGUUGGUCGUCGUAAUCUCGUUUGAACGUUCGUUAGCAUUUCGUUAACUUUCGCUCGAAUGAACCAAACUUUUGCCGAAGCUUCUUACAAUUUUACAAUUUUACAAUUUUAUUUGAACAGAUUCUGCCGGAGCGGCGUUCACUCAUUUUCAUUGUACCGAACACGCUUCGUUCCGUCGCUUCGCGUACGAAAAGGUGUAUCUACGUAAGCCCUAUUAAGAGGUUCGCCGCAUGUGCUCGAGUCGAAAUUUAGAAUUUACGCUAAGUCUCACAAAAGCUGAUUUGUGUCUCUAAAUAAUGUUCCUUGGGUUACAAGUCCUCCCUUUAAUCUGCCGACGCCUCCUUUUCACUCACAUUUAGCUUUGCUAUCGAUAAUCGAUAUACCAAAUACAAAUUUAAAUCUCUACUAGUAUAUUCUGGACACAUAACUGCUAUCUUUGCCCUUACGACUCCUUGCUUUUCAUCCUCUUUGAGUCUUGAAAUCCUAUAGAAGUGUCAAUGCCGAUAAGAAAUAUAUAUAAUAUAAAGAUACAUGAAAGAAGAAUAUUUGUUAUUUUAU